UAACAUCUUGAAGUUCCUCGAUAUGCUCAGUUCAUUGUAGCCCGACACAGAGAAACACACAGGCAGUGCCUCUUGGUCAGACAUCUUAUCUCAACAUGUCUUCAGAACUGGAAACUGCCCCACAUUUUAGAGUGAAAUACAGCAGUGAGGCCAAUGAAAAUGGAGAGGUGAAGACGCAGUACCAGGAAGUCAACUUACCACAAGGCGAUGGACAAACACAGAAGAAAAGAAGCUGUUUCAGAGCUUUUAAAGUGUGCCUGGGAGUGCUGUAUCUUCUGAUUCUUGCUGGAAUCACGACACGCUAUAUUUCAGUCACUUUGGAAAAAGAGCAGCUGCAGAACAAAUACAACAAACUGAGCAACAAUUACAGCCAACUGCAAACCCAACUUUUAGUGAAGUGUCCUGUCGAUUGGGCCAAAUUUGGAAUGAGCUGUUACUUUAAAUCCACUGAGAGGAAAAUUUGGUCUGACAGCAAGGCAGACUGUCAGUCCAGAGGAGCCAAUCUGGUGAUCAUAAACAACAAAGAGGAACAGGUGGGUGUGUUUGUUUGAUGCAACUGCCAGAAGUUCUGUGUUUUUGACCAUCUGUCCAUCUACUGUCUAUUGAUCUAUCUAUUUUAUAAAGGACAAGAGAAGUGAACUGAAAUGUUUCAUCUCAUUUAGUUUUUCUUUCAGACAAAUUCACAACAUGAUAUUACAACAACAGAAGUACUGAAUUAUGACUGGCCGAAAUAUUUAUGUCUGUUUUCAAUUAGGAAUUUAUUUAACUGAAUAUGAGAGGAGAGUCCUGGAUGGGUCUGACAGCCGGUUACAAAAGUAAAACUGGGGGACAUGAAUGGGAAUGGGUGGAUGGAUCCCCGCUGACAGAGGCGUUUUGGGCGCCAGGCCAGCAGGAUCCUGUUCAUGGUUUUUCUGCAGUAUGCUGUGAAAUUAAGGGGAAAUGGACACGAUCACAAUCUUCUUCUUAAUUUUCUUGUAUUCCUUUCUGAUUUCUUCAAAAGUUAAAAUAUUCAGUUUGAUGGAAAUAUUCAGUUUACCAACAAGCCCUUA